AACAGUCACAUGGAUCGCAUAGCACCCAGCCAGCAGCCGGGUCCCUGUUCCCACCCGUCACUGAGCCGCUGCACAGGCACACGCUGCUGCCUGUCACGUUACUCGGUCUGUAUUUCCUUUAGCGGGCUACAGGAUAUGGACUAUGGAGUAAACGGGACAGCCGCCCACAGAGGAGAUCUGCUGACAUACCGCCCGUGUGUGAAAUCUGUCUGGCGGGUGGCGCUUAAAUUUAGUACCCGGCUUUUUCGGCCUCCGGCAGCAGAGACUGAGUGUCAUAUGAUUCUGUAGAGGAUACCAUCUAGAGAAGCUGUUGGCAUUGGGCAAAAUGAACCGACUGCUGCGUAGAAACCCAUAUUUGUCAUACUGCUGGAAGAUAAAAUACUGGAAAUGCUACAAGAGCACAGUGGCAUCACACUUGGCAAAUGAAGAUCAUACACCAUAUACUUCACAGACACGGUUUAACCCACUUAAUAUACAGAUGCUUUCCAAGGGACUUCAUGACCAAAUAUUCCGAGGUACACAAGUACAGUAUUCUGAAGAGGAGAUUCAAAAGAGCAAAGACCACUUGAGGAGUCAUGAGCUUUGGGGCCAAGAGACAUCCACUGUUCAUGAUGUGGAUUUGGAGCUACCGAAGAUGUAUGGCAGUAAUAUUGAAGAACAUUUCCGAAUUCUAGCUGAGAAACAAAGCUUUCCAUAUUUGGAUGCAGCUAAUGACCUAUUGCAGUGCCAUUUGCCAGAUAUGCCUGAAGAAUGGGCCUGGCAAACAGGAUGGACCAAGUAUACUGUAGAUGGAAGGAAGGAACAAGUUGACUUUCCAGAUGAGAAGGCCUUGGUGUUUGAUGUGGAAGUAUGUAUGUCUGAGGGGCAAUGUCCAACACUGGCCGUGGCUGUUUCUCCUCAAUGUUGGUAUUCAUGGUGCAGCAGGAGACUAAUCGAAGAUCGAUACACAUGGUCUCAGCAGAUGUCACUCUCUGAUCUUAUUCCACUUGAGACUUCUUCAAAGUCAAACCCUAUGAAUAAACACAAUUGGACGGAGAGACUAGUGGUGGGGCACAAUGUCAGCUUUGAUAGAGCAUACAUUAAAGAGCAGUAUCUUAUCAAAGGAUCAAAGAUGCGUUUUAUGGACACUAUGAGUUUGCACAUGGCUGUUUCAGGCCUGACAGGAUUUCAGCGCAGUUUAUGGAUGGCCAGUAAAUAUGGGAGGAAUAAAGGGCUGCAGGAGGUCAAGCAGCAUAUCAUGAAGACCCGCAGAAAGAGCGACGGUCCUGCAAUCAAUUCAUGGGAUUGGGUAAAUAUUAGCAGCAUUAACAACCUUGGUGAUGUCCAUGCUCUGUACGUUGGAGGUCCACCCCUGGACAAAGAAGUGCGGGAGCUAUUUGUAAAGGGAAGUAUGGCAGACAUCAGAGCAGCGUUCCAGGAACUUAUGAGAUACUGCGCCGUUGAUGUAAAGGCAACACAUGAAGUGUUUCAGGAGGUGUUUCCACUUUUCAUGGAGAGAUGUCCUCACCCUGUUACCUUAGCAGGGAUGUUAGAGAUGGGCGUUUCUUACCUGCCGGUGAACCAAAACUGGGAGAAAUAUCUUGAUGAGGCUCAGAUAACAUACGAGGAGCUACAGAAGGAGAUGAAGAAAUCCCUCAUGAACUUGGCCAAUGAUGCCUGCCAGCUGCUCUUUGAUGAUGUAUAUAAAACGGAUCCUUGGCUUUGGGAUUUAGAGUGGGACAUCCAAGAGUUCAAACAAAAAAAAAUAAAAGUCAGCAAAAAACAGAAGGAGAUGAAAGACUUCCCAAGCUUCACUGCAGGAAGCACAGACCUCUCGGAUCCACAAGAAGAUCCUGGACCCCCCAGUGAAGAAGAGGAAUUAUGUCCUUCUCCCAGUAAACUUUACUUAGAAUCUAUCAUAGAUAAAACUAUGCCCUACUUGCCAAAAAGAAUUCAGCACAUGCCAGGACACCCUGGAUGGUAUCGUAAACUUUGCCUUAGACUUGAAGAUCCUGAGUGGGUGCCUGGCCCAAGCCUUAUCAGCCUUCAAAUGAGAUUAACUCCUAAACUAAUGCGUUUGACUUGGGACGGAUUUCCAUUGCACUACUCUGAUAAACAUGGUUGGGGAUACCUUGUUCCAGGACGGAAGGACAACCUUACUCAAGAAGAGGAUAAUGAUAAUUCUGAUGUUUCUUCUCACUGCCCAUACAAAGCAAUUGAAAAUCUUCACGUUGAAUACUGUAAAAAUAAAAGUGGGAUGCCAGUGGAACAGGAUUCUUCUAUACCAGAAGAUUUCAUGCUCACAGAAGACAGCACCAUCUGGCAAAAGGUAGAAGAACUUAGUCAGCUGGAGAAAGACUUGGAGCCUGAAGCACGGACCAGUACAACAUCGAGGAAGACGAACAAAGGCAAAUUGGAGCUCCCUGCUGUAUCAGAAGGAGAGUUUGAUAAUGCUUCACCUCCUCACCAUGGAAAUGGCCCUUGCAAUGACGUGAAUGUUUCAGGCUGCUGGUUCUACCGUUUGCCACACAAAGAUGGAAAUGCCAACAAUGUUGGUAGCCCAUUUGCAAAGGAUUUUCUCCCAAAGAUGGAAGAUGGAACUUUACAAGCGAGUACUGGAGGCACCAGUGCCACACGAGCUCUGGAAAUUAAUAAAAUGAUAUCGUUCUGGAGGAACGCACACAAACGCAUCAGUUCUCAAAAAGUGCUGUGGUUGAAGAAGGGAGAAUUGCCUCGCGCAGUCACCAGGAAUCCUGACUUUGAUGAGGAAAAUAAGUAUGGUGCCAUUCUCCCUCAGGUGAUCUCUGCUGGAACGAUCACACGUAGAGCGGUAGAACCGACAUGGCUAACUGCCAGUAAUGCACGUGCGGACCGCAUAGGCAGUGAACUAAAGGCCAUGGUUCAGGCUCCUCCAGGGUAUCACAUGGUUGGAGCAGAUGUAGAUUCCCAGGAGCUCUGGAUAGCAGCAAUCCUUGGAGAGGCUCACUUUGCUGGAAUACAUGGUUGCACUGCAUUUGGAUGGAUGACUUUACAGGGCAAGAAGAGCAGUGGUACUGACCUGCACAGUAAGACUGCUUCUACAGUGGGAAUAAGUCGAGAACAUGCCAAAGUAUUCAAUUAUGGACGUAUUUAUGGAGCUGGACAGCCUUUUGCUGAACGGCUGCUAAUGCAGUUUAAUCAUCGUCUCACCCAGGAGCAGUGUGCAGAGAAGGCCAAGCAGAUGUAUGCAGUAACAAAGGGAGUCAGGAGAUAUAUCUUGUCUGAGGAUGCAGAAUGGCUGGUAGAACAACUUGGGAUCUACGUUGAGAGAGGAGAAGAUAAUUCUGUGAGCUUGCAGGAUUUGAGGAAGAUUCAGAAACAUGCGUCCGUGAAGUCUAGAAGGAAAUGGGACUUGAUAAGCCGUAAGAUAUGGACCGGAGGUACAGAGUCAGAGAUGUUUAACAAGCUAGAGAGUAUAGCGAUGAGUUCCUCACCCAGUACUCCUGUCCUAGGAUGUCGCAUUAGUAGAGCACUGGAGCCAACAGCUGUGAAGGGGGAGUUUAUAACCAGCAGAGUGAACUGGGUUGUACAGAGCUCAGCUGUUGACUACCUCCACCUUAUGCUGGUAGCCAUGAAGUGGCUUUUUGAGGACUACGACAUAGAUGGGCGUUUCUGCAUCAGUAUCCACGAUGAGGUGCGUUAUCUUGUCCAUAGCGAGGACCGGCAUCGGGCAGCACUUGCUCUCCAGAUCACAAAUCUACUAACAAGGUCCAUGUUUGCUUACAAACUAGGAAUGCUGGAUUUACCGCAGUCGGUGGCAUUUUUCAGUGCAGUAGAUAUUGACCAGUGCCUAAGGAAAGAAGUGAACAUGGACUGUGUGACUCCAUCAAAUCCAGAAGGCCUAGAGCACAGAUACGGCAUUCCCCCAGGUGAAGCUUUGGACAUCUAUGAACUAAUUAAAGUAACCAAUGGGGUUUUGACAAAAGGGAGCUGACGCCUGUCUACAUCUGCCCCCGUCAACUCCCAUGGAGUUAAAUUACAUUUUGGACUUUUUUUUUUAUGAACCAAAAUAAUGUGUCUCUGUAACACUGGCUGAGUAAAUAUAAUGAGUGAGGAUUAUCACUUAUUUAGUAUUCAUGAAUAUUGGACAAUAAAAAGAAUAACUGGUAA